CUAUUUUUGGGUAUUUGUCUAAAUAUAAUGCUUUACAAAUAUAUAUUUGCGACCUUUUGCUGUGCAGGCAUCUUAAGAACAUGGAAGUCAAAUUGUAAAAACGAACGACAUGCUCGUUUUCUGUGUCACAGCUCCUUCUGCAGAAUGGUUCGGUCUCGCCACACAGAUUUCAUUCAUAAAAUUCGGGCUCACUAUAAAAGGCGGGCCUCUCCACUAUAUCUGCACAGUUACCAUUUAUGAAAGCUGGCAAAUAUAAGUAGGCGUUCAAGGGAGGGAGGUCUGCUGUCUAACAUAGACGUAUACGGAGAGACGGUUCAGUUCUUUUCAUUGCUUUUUUACGCACUGAUCUCAGAAGAGAGGAAUAUACAAAACAUGCAUCCGGACUCCAGCUCUGAGCUCGACCCGUCGUCCAGCUGUAGUCCGGCAGCGCCUGGAGGGGACACCCCUGGGUGCAGCCUGAGUCCUCCUCCUGACUCGCUUUCAUCAUCAAUGGACGCUAAGGAAGGUGACACAUUGGCACCGGCCGCCUUUGUUCCGUCUGUGAAUGCAAUCUCAACGUCGCCAGAACUGAAGUGGAUGGUGCAGCCGACUGCCAUAACAUCUGGCUGUGCAAAAAACAAAACCAAUGGCGCAAACCAGUCGUCUUCCCCAACAGGUGCAAAGAGGGCAAAGACCUGUAACAAGAAGGCGCAAAAGGAGCAGCCCUCUAAAGAAGACGAGGAAAGAAGGAGGAUUAGGAGGGAGAGGAACAAGAUUGCUGCAGCAAAGUGUCGCAACAGACGGAGGGAGCUGAUAGACAGCCUUCAAGCUGAAACUGAUUUGCUGGAAGAGGAGAAGUCUACCCUUCAAAUCGAGAUAGCUGACCUGCUGAAGGAGAAAGAGAGGCUGGAGCACAUGUUAGCUUCCCACCGGUCCUCCUGCAAACUGCCAGCACAAGAUGACAGUGACAGCGAGGAGGAGGAGGAUAUUGACUCAGUGCUGCAGGAUCCUCCGGCCUCCCCACAGCUGCUCUCCAUCCUGGAGAACGUAAAACCCUCUGACAGCGACGCAGCUGUUGGAGAAGUCCCCUCUAGUCAGGACACAGACAGCCUUUCUUGCGUCCCGACUGCUGCAGCCAUCUUGGGGAACUCCAACAUCCUCCUGUGCUCCAGUGCAGAAGAGGAGGCCUUGGAGGACCUAAAGGGUGACGACCUGGACGAUUUAGUGCCCAGUCUGGAGAUGGCUGCGUCUGUCCCUGACAUUGACCUGAGCGGGCCCUUCUGCCUCCCAGACUGGGAAACUCUCUACAAGUCUGUGGCAAGUGACCUCGAGUCUUUGACCAUGCCGGUCAUGUCUUCCAGUCCCACUUGUAGCAGCUACCGCACCGUUUUUUCCUUCAGUUGUUCUGAGAUUGAAUCUAUGGCUGACGGCUGUGAGGGCCUCAAAAGCAGCCUCGGUGGGUCAGAGUUGAUAAAAGAUAGUCUUAACUCCCCAACACUCUUAGCCUUGUGAAUGCAAAUAAUUUAUGCAACAAAAUAUAGUAUUUGUAUUCUGACCAGCUAGCAAGCUAUCUCUCUCAAAUAAUCUUUUGUAAUGUGAGCUAUGAUGUAUAAACUUGAAAAUUAAAGGUUGUGCAUAUAGAAGAUGUGUUUUCUGUGACUGUAACAGAGUUGAAUUCUUCCAUUUUGUUUCAACUGUCUGAGGUAACAUUUGUGCUGGAAUCCAAGUGCAUGCAAAAAAAGAAAAUCGCCUGUAUUCCAACAAAAAAUGUGGUAAAUUGUGUUUACAAAAUAUCUGCCUGUGAUAUGAAGUUAAUUGACGUUUGAUAUAGCUUAAUAUAUGUGAAACAGUGCUAUCGUGACAAGUGAAAAUAGAGAGAUGCUAAAAUGUAGCAGCGUAUUGGUGUAACAUCUUGCUGUGAGGUGUCCCCUGACCUGACUUGACAUUUAUCACCUGAGGCUUUUCCAUGACCAAAAAACAAAAAGAAAACAUAAUCAUAUCAUGUAUUUUCUCAAGAUGUACUGUAUUUUAUGGCAUAGUUUAUUUUUUUACUCAUCAUGAUGCUGAUGCAAAAAAAUUAAUAUUGGUGAAAAUAAAACACAACAUUCAAAAAUCA